GGGGCCGCGGCGGCGGCUGGAGCAUUAAUAGUGGCGGCCGCGCAAUUUCUGCCGCUGCCGGGGUGGGGGCGGCAAGAUGGCGGACGGGUUUGGCGGCAAAGAGAAAUGCAGCGACCAGAGGUUGGUCUCGCUGCCCUUGUCUCGCAUCCGGGUGAUCAUGAAAAGCUCCCCCGAGGUGUCCAGCAUCAAUCAAGAGGCGCUGGUGCUCACGGCCAAGGCCACGGAACUCUUUGUUCAGUAUCUAGCCACCUAUUCCUAUAAACAUGGCAGUGGAAAGGAGAAGAAAGCACUUAUUUACAGUGAUUUAUCAAAUACUGCAGAAGAGUCGGAAACCUUUCAAUUUCUUUCAGAUAUAUUACCAAAGAAGAUUUUAGCCAGCAAAUACCUGAAAAUGCUUAAGGAAGAGAAGGGGGAAGGAGAAGAAGAUGAAGAAGAGGAAGAAGAGGAGGAGGAAGAAGACGAUGAGAGUGAGGAUGAAGAAGCUGAAUCUUAAAACAUAAAAGCAAUAUUAUAAUUAGCCUAAAUUGUGCUACCAACCCUACUCAGGCCCCUUUCUCCUAAAUAAAGUACAGAGCUGUUCCAUUUCAUCCCCAUACAGAAUUUUAUAUCCAGUCCAUUAAUCCAUUUCAGCCUGAGGAAAAUUUACUUGGUUUGCAUUACAUUUGAAGGUAUCACUAAGCUGCGUAUUUAUUCUAAUAUCUUAUUUGUCUUAUUAAACAUUGAACUUCUACAUCCUUAAGGGAAAUAAACAUGAAAUGCUUAUCUUUUUAAUUGAUAUAGAUUUAAGGUCUAGUGAUAGUAAAUGUAAAUUAAUAUAUGUAUAUUAUGAAAUUAUUUUACUUGUGGACCAUACUCAUUUUCAG